AUGGACGCCGAAGCAGCGCUCUUGGACACCUCGCCGACGUCUUCGACGCUCUCCUCCCCGGACCUGACGAAAUCCACCUACCCCGAGACUGGAUCCCUCUGUUCCCCGAACUCACCGACGAUCAUCACGCCGAUCCUGAAGAAGGGCCGGGACGACGACGUCACCCCCAGGCCCACCCCCAGGCACCCACCAGCGAUCCGGAAACAGAAGUUCCGAAUGCGACCUCCGUACCUCAUGAUCUGCAUCAGUAUUAUCGAGAUCACCGUCCACUGCCUCGGGGACGAGGCUACCCUGCGGAGGUGGCUUGUCUACGACCCUCGACAGAGAGUUCAAGGGUGGAGGUUCGCCUCGUACAUGCUCCUCCACUCGAACGCACUCCAUCUCGCACUCAACGUGGUCAUUCAGCUGGUCCUGGCAACGCCACUCGAGGUGGAGCAGGGGCGCCUGGGGGUGGCGACGAUUUACCUAGGAGGUGGGGUGUGCGGUGCCCUGGGAGCCUCCCUUCUUCAGCCCAGCCUUUACCUGGUGGGAGCAUCGGCAGGGGUUUACGCCUUGCUGACCAGUCACCUGGCUCACCUGUACCUGUGCCACGGGGAGCUGCGCUACGCAGGUUGGAGGCUGGGAGCCGUGCUGCUGCUGGCAGGUGCCGAUGUGGCGUCCCUUCCGGUUCCGGCCUUGCUGGGAUGUGGUCGAGUCGGAUGGGCAGCCCACGUGGCAGGUGCUCUGGCGGGGCCUCUUCUAGGUCUCGCCGUUUUCCCCAACCAGAGCAAAAAGGACGCCAGGGGGCGCAGGUUCGUCCGCUUCGUCAGGUUUCUCUCGGCAGUGAGCGUGAUGCUGCUGGUGAUCGGCGCCAUCCUGGGGAACGUCUAUCUGAUCGCUCUGCCGCAGCUGAGGAAGGCCUCCUGA